CAAUUGCAGUGAACACUCCAUAUUUCUUUCAAAUAGUCUGUUGAGCUAAUAAAAACAAGUUCCAUGCCUCCAAUCACUUAUAUUACUCGUUCAGAGACUUUUUCAGCAGCACACAGAUUACAUUCUCCCCAAUUGUCAGAAGAGGAGAAUAGAAUGCUGUAUGGCAAAUGUAACCAUCCAAAUUUUCAUGGGCAUAAUUAUAAAAUUGAAAUUACGCUAAAAGGCGAAGUAAAUCCUUUAACAGGUAUGGUUAUGAAUUUGGUUGAUCUAAAGGAAUGCAUUAAGCUUGCCGUUAUGGACCCGCUUGAUCAUCGAAACUUGGAUUUGGACGUGGAGUUUUUUAAGAAGAAACCCAGUACUGCAGAAAACCUGGCAGUGUUUAUUUGGUGGAAUUUUCAAUAUCACUUCCUGAGGAACGAACAGUGGAGAUCCAACAACGCUAGAUUAUAUAAAGUGAAGGUUUUUGAAACUGAACAUAACAUUGUGGAAUAUAUGGGAGAGGGCGAACUAGAUGAAGCAGAAGGACAAGUAGAUAUUGCAUUGAUCAAACUAAUGGGCGUCGAUAUACAGAAUGCAAAACUAUCAUCGGCACAAGAUAAAAAUAUCUGGUCAUUGAACCUUCACCAGCAAGAGUAA